AUCUAAGUUCCACCCGUCCACGAAGUCCAACGCCGAGCUCAGGAGUAGCAGCAACAUCGACGAGGCCCCGAAUCCCCCCACCAUACACGAACCCCCUCGAUCCCUCCUCCGCCGCCGCCGCCGCCGUUCUCCGCCACCUCCGCCGCCUUCGCCGCCGCCGCCGUUCUCGUGAGGGGGCGAGGGAACGAGCGUUAAUCGAGCCGAGGCGAUUAAUCCGGAGGGGAUUCGAACGGAUCGUCUUUGUGGAGUUUCUCGCGUCCUCUUAUGCGCGGUCGUUCGCUCUGCUUUUGAGAGCUGAAGCAUAAAUCUCUGUCCGAAUGCAGAAACUCGGUGAUUUUAAGCUGCCCUACUUCUUCAAUUAUCCACCUUACUUCACUUUGCAGCCUGUGAGAGAAACGCGUGAGAAGCAAAUCCAACUGUGGAAGGAGUUGAUACUUGAUUAUUGUAGAAGCCAAAAGAUCUUUACAAUUGCGCUUGAAGAAGAUUUCCCACUCUUCUCUAAUCCUGUAAUUGAGAGAUCUCUGACUCAUGAAGCAAAAGAAGUAUUUCUUAAUGCUCUGGUCAAUGAAGGACGUGCAGAAUGGAUGGACAAACAUCACAAGAAAUGCCUUAUUCUCUGGCUAAGAAUACAAGAUUGGGCUGAUUAUAUUAUAAACUUCGUGAGGGAAAAUGGAUUCGAAGACAGUGUCAUGACUGUCGAAGAUUUACGCUCCGGAAUUGAAACCCGUGGAACUGAUCUUGCGGGGAUCGAUCGCGGCGUGCUGGUGCGUGCCCUAAAGUUACUGGAGCAGAAGGGUAAAGUGGCAAUCUUCAAGGGGACUUCGGCCGACGACGAAGGUGUCAAGUUCUCGGUCUAAAGCUGUUCUAUCUAAACCUCGAGCCUCAUUCACCGACCCAAAAUUCCGAUCCUGAUCACUCGAAAUCAUCUCUAUUGUGUUGUAGAUUCUGAAUGCAGGUUGCGCUCGUGCUAGAAAUUUUUAGUUUCUACUGUGAUUCCCACAAACUUAUUCGAUUCAAGAGAUUUUUAUUUGAUGUGUAUUUUACUCCCCAAACGAAGUUGAUCCUAUUAUGUAAUUUGAAAAUUGCGACACAUUCAUUAGUAACUGGGAGCUAUUCCAACUCUCUUUUUUUCUUUUUUCUUUUUUUUUCAUUACUACUGGAGAAGCUGUAUGUUGUGCUGUGACUGGCUGGUCUACUAGAUCAGGUCCAAACAAUAAUUUAUCUGUGUUCUGUAUCCUUAA